AUGGCACAAGGCAAUUCAAUCAUGUCAGCAACCAUGUCAAAUUGGUAUUUUUCGACAAUUGAUGUCAACUUGAAUAAACACUCUUUAUGGGGUAUGCCACGAACAUAUGGUAAUGACAGUUGCUCAUGUGGUACAAAUGCUAUGUGCAGUGAGCCGGCUGAUCUUGAUGGUUGGUUAGUACCUGGCUUCAUGGUUGGCUGUUAUCCGCUUGAAUCUCUCCUUCAAUCGACUAUUGAGUGUCUUUACAAUUCGACAUGCAUUGACAAACUUCAACAUAUGUUCUUCGAUCGAAACGCAACCGAUACAGUAUUCGAUCCGCUUGACCCCGCGCUUUCCUUCUCGAAUGAGACUGUUCAAUCUCUUCUCGAACAACUCCUAAUUGAAAGUUGGAAACCGAAUAUCUCCUACGAUCAAUACUACUCAUCAUGUGCUCCCAUCUCAUGCACUUAUUCAAUUCUCGGUCGACCCGACAUUUGGUACAUCGUGUCAACUCUUUUUGUAGUAUAUGGAGCCUUGACGACUACACUCAACAUUAUCAUUUCCAUCAUUACUUAUAUCGGAUACAGAAUCGCUCGAAAUCGACGCGAACGAGUCAUUAACGUGACUGUAGCUACAGUUUUACCUGAACAUUUGAACGGAGUAUGA